GUGCUGUUGCUGUUGGUCGAUUUGUUGAUUAUAUCUGAAAAGUUAAUGCGGGACUAUAAUUAUUUAAUUGAUUGUUGUUAUACAUUUUAAGAACUUAAAGAAGGCUUUAAACUCUAAGGGUACUUAAACUCUCUCAAAUUUCUAACAUUUUGUGAAACUUUUAUACACUAAAUUACAUGAGCAAUCAUGGAUGAUUUACAAAAAUCUUUAGACCAGUAUGAAGAACAGCUUGCAAUGGUCAACCUAUCACUGGACACUGUUACUGAAUCUGCAGAAAGAGAGUCUCUACUAUCUUUGAAAUCAGAUUUAGAACAACUUAUACAACUGACUAGAGAAAAUCUAGAUGCUUUAAUACCUAAGAAUACAGAAACCACAGAGGCUCAGUCUUCUGAAACUAAAGAUGAAUUGGAUGAUGAGUAUGCUUUGUUUAUGCAAGAGAUGGCCAAAAGUGGUGCAUAUGAAACAUCUAAAGAGGCUACAUCUGAAAACAGUAAAGAUGUGCCUGAUGGUGAUGAUAGCGAUAUAGAGGAUGAGUUAUCUUCACUACUGGGCAUGAAAUGUGCAGUGUAUCACACACACAAGUGGGGCGGCCAACCUGGACUUUACAAUGCUAUGGUCAGUGCUGUUGUGCCCCGACAAGAUGAAGACCAGUUCCAAGAUCUACAGGUUCGGGUCCUAUUCACUCAUCCCACACAUGCAGAGAUGUUGCCUUGCCCAUUUUACCUUGAUGGUGAAUGUAAAUUCAGUGAUGAACAGUGUAGAUAUUCCCAUGGUGCUCUGGUACAAUUAUCGCAUUUAAAGGAAGCAAUAGAACCUGACUUUAGUUCAAUUAGAGUAGGAAGUAGAAUAUUGAUGAAGAUUAAACCACCAGAUGAUGAGGAUAUAAGUUUAGCAAAAAAAUCUACUGAAAAGUACCACUUAUGGCAUAGAGGAGUAAUCAAGAACAUAGAUUCAGAGAAACAAAUCUGUUCAGUAAAGUUGGAACAUGGUGUGCAGCCAGGAGAGAAAAGGAAACAAGGCAGUGACGAAUAUAAAGUUAAAAUUGAAGACAUUUUUCCAUUGAAUAAUGAUGAUGAGGACGAUAGUGACGACUCAGAUGAUAGUUUGAGUGACACAGAAUAUCCACAAAGCAAAACUAUGUGCGAAGAUAAAUCAAGUGACAACCAUGCACUACUGGUUGAAAAGAGUUUUCUCAAUGAAAACAAAUCUCCUAUGGGAGAGUGGGAGAGACAUACUAGAGGUAUUGGUUCAAAAAUUAUGUUAGCAAUGGGAUAUGUGCCGGGGACGGGAUUGGGGGCGUCAAGCGAUGGCCGUGUUCAGCCGGUUGAAGCUCGCGUUCUCCCAGUUGGUAAGAGUCUUGACCAGUGCAUGGCGAUAUCCGAAAAAAAUGCAGCUCAAGACCCAUUAAAGGUGGAACAAAAACUCAGAAGAUUACAGAAGAAAGAAGAGGAGCGCAACAAAAGAGCGUAUGAGAGAGAAAAAGAGAAAGAGAGACGAAAUGUAUUCAACUUUCUUAACAAAACUCUGGGCGAUAAGACAGGGGCUGACAAUGAACCUGAAACCUCUUUGGAUGUUAAACAGUCUUCAAGCAAAGACUUGAAUAUUGAACAGUUCAAAAUAACUGAAGACAAAAAGCGAAUUGAAAGGGAAAUAAUCAAACUGAAUAGUUCAUUAAUCAAGUAUCCGAGUGGAUCCAAUGGCCACAGAAGUAUUAACAUGCAGAUUAUUGAGAAAAAUAAAGAAUUAAAUAAUCUUGUGCAAAAAGAAAAACAAAUAUCUAAAGAACAAUCACACAGAAAAGAUAAACAGAAAAUGACUGUUUUUUAACGAAUGCUUGUUUUAGGGUAAAUAAAUUGUGUUAAGAGUUUUUAGUCUUUUUGUUUAUGGAUUUUGUAACAAGGGACUUUAGUCACUCGUUAAGUUUCCAUAUCUGAUUUCUCAGUAAUAUUGAAGAAUGUAUAUUAUACAAUACACGCAUCAUUAAAAUAGGUAUAAUUACACUGCCAGUGCAUUACAUUUUAAAUGAUCAUGUUCGUGCAGGCUCAAAUAGACAAGGUCAGGCCCAUGAAAUUCUUCUCAUAUCUUAUAUUAGUUCGACGAUGCGGGAUUGGUAUCCUAAGUAUGUAGCAUAGUAAGGUUGACAGCGUUUCAACGUGACGGGUGAGUUCCGCCUCUUGGUAAGAGAAAGUAUUGUGGUGUCAGGAAUGGAUGCCAGUUGGCAACAAUAAAGAAACACUUUGAUAAUUACAAAUUUCUAUAUUUACAUACGUGAUGUUUAGUUUAAAAUAAGCGUACAUGGCAUAAAAUUACAAUUAAUAUAUGACAUAUUUUUCUAUAAAUUAGAUAUUUGUACUAUCGAUCAAUAUUAACAAAGUACUUAAAAUGUUAAUGGGCGUGUGACUAGCAAAUAACAUUUGCUGAAUUUUAUAAUUACGAAUUAGAUUUUAGUGACAGUGGGUCAAAUGUAUUUACCACUAAGCUACUCAAUAUUAUAGUUAUACCUAAAUUAGGUAUGGAAUUGUGGCUUCAAUCACCUAAUUUUAUAUUUAUCCACUUGCAAGCAUUAACUCUGAUGCACAUUAGAUAUUUUUAGAAAAGGUACAAUUUAUUAUAAUAAAAAAAUGAGUAUAAGAUGUUAAUUAUUAUAAAAUUUAACUUUGCAUUGCCAUAAUUCAAAUAAUAACUACUAAAAUCCCUUAAAGUUGCUACGUGAGCAAGAUAUUUGUACUUUUCCUCAAUGAAAUUUUCUUAAAGUGCUGUCGUCUACAUAAGCAUUCGUCCAUGCAAUAAAAUUUGAUUUUAACAAGAUUUAGGAUUUGGCUAGUAGACCCACUGUGCAGUUCCCGGGACUACUUGGUUACUGUAUAAAUAGUCAAUACCAUGUCAGUCCCGGUAAAACAAGAUCAACAUAACACCGUGUGUAUUCUUUAUUGCUCAAGGUCACCAACAUGUCACAUGUACGCACAAGUCGAAUCAUUUGACCCAAGAAUCUUUACUAACUCUCUUAUGUCUAUCAUACUCUUUCUAAACAAUACACUAAGAAAGUCACGAGUCAUAAUUAGAGAGAGCAAACUAUUUUAAGGACACUUCGAUUCAAACAAGGUCUUCAGAUUGAUCAAACUUGAAAUAAUUGUACAUGUUUGU